AUGUCGUCCACCAUCGAGUACCAGUCGCCUCCUCCUUCGCCCCUGCUUCAGCCGGUAUCCGCGGAAGGGAACCCUUACUCGUUUGGGGAGGAUGUGAUAGAGAUUGUUAUGACCACCAGAAUAUGUGUCAAGCAGUGGGCGUUGGCCACUGUCGACGUAGAGGCCUGGUGCAGGGACCCUUGGGCGUUGGGGAGGGGAAGACGAGCUUGGAUGCUGCUCGCGGACUGCGCUGAGUACACCUGGAACCUCGAUUUUGCGCAGCCGUUGCGCCGCGCACCUCGUCUGCAUGCAUUAAACUUCCGUAGCGGAACAGUGUUGAUGGAAUUCACGGCCGCAUUCUCGGAGGACCCGUUAUCCGUCACAGGGAAACCUACCGCGGUUGUGUUUGGGGAUGUCACAACGUGGAUACGUGACCCUGUUCCUAGUUACUACGACGACUUGUGGAAGGGAUACGCACGUUGGAUAACGCCGAGGCUUGAACACUCCAUGGCGGAUAGGGUGGUGUCCUUGUGGAAGCAGUACAACGCCGACGAGGGGCGACAGUUUACACUGGAAACCAGCAGCGGUGCGAGAGAGAACAGCGCACAAAGCGUGCUGCACGACGAGGAACGGCCUGUGGAUGCACGCAGGCUGAACACCGCGUGUGCCCGGCCCUCGAAUGCGUGUUUGCGCAUGUUGUCAGCCAAGCGCCCGCAGUGCUACCGCUGGACGCUACUAUCCACUCCUACACACGCACCUACCACGGACGUUGCCCACGAACCCGCAAUGGCCACUUUCAACAUAAUAGGAUUGCCCGUGGAGCUCAUCCGCGAGAUCGUGGAUAACUGCGACCUGAAGACCGUGGUCGACCUCCGCGCAACCAGUCGCUUUCUCGCCGGACACUCUGAGGCCAUCCUGCGGCAGGACAGAAGAGAUCUACUUCGUCCCGUUUGUCAGAACCCAGACGCGCUAUGGCAACACCUGAGGAACGCGAAGGCAGUGGUCGGAGGAUUGGCAGCGCUCAGUUUCAUUCUACGAGAUCCCAGUAUCCGGACGACCACGGUGGACGUCUACGUCUGCAACACCGAAGGUGAUGCUCUCGAGGACCUCAUUGCGAAGGACGCCAGCCUCCAACUUACGCUGCAACAAUCACAUGACUGGAACGUUAACGACACGCACGUGGACAGCAACAACGUCCUCCGCACUACCACCUACGCCGCUGCGUCAGGGACGACGAUGAAGAUACACACAUCCAGGACCCUAUCACCUCUCACACCAAUAGCCACUGCCUGCACGACGGCGCUCAUGAACUGGGUGUCACGCGAUGCGUUCGCGUGCGCGUACCCUGCGUUGACGGACAACCGGCGCGCACUGGGCAGUCUUCCUUACGGCCAUCACCACACCACACAGCUGCUCUUCAACCGCCUUCUGCUACACGGCUUCAGCAUGAAGACACACACAGCGCAAUGGGAAGACUACGCCAACACCUUGCCACCGUCCGUAGAGCCCGAUCGCUACCCCUGCGCGCGUGCGCUCUACCUUUGUGUCGACCAAGGCCGCUUCUUUGGAGAUCAAGGGUGUAUGGUGGCGGUGUUCGAGCUCUUCAGCAACAGCCGUCGCAAGUUGCAAGCUGACCAGCAGCCGCCGUAUGGCAUCGGCGCCGCGUGGCGACUGAUCACGACUCACAGACCCUGCAACGGUCCUUGCGUUACGCGCGAUCCUGUUCUUCCCAGGAGAAGAAAGGUCAUGCUGGCUGUAUGGAUGGCUGCGAAAUAG